AUGUCGUACAGAUCCGAUGGCGGGCGAAUACCCCGGUUGAGGGAAUUCGGGCAUCAAGCGCGAAACGCCUCAACGCCAACGAUCGCCACCCAGUCCAGCUCUUAUGGGUCGGCGAGUGCGCAGCCUUCAAGACCACAGAUCCCGCGACUGAUGACACAGUCAACAAAAACCAGAGCCAGGGCGGCCUCGAUGUCUGAAGCAGAAGAGAACCGUCCAAUCGUCGCACAAUCAAAUCCUAUCCUCACUCCCGGCUCUCGCCCGUACAUGUCCUCUCGAGCGCCUACUCAUCCAACAGAUCUUCAGAACACUACGUUAGACCGACACGUGCCGCGAGCCCUGCAUACUGCUGCCGUGCCCCAGACCCCUAUCAACAACCCACCGCCAGUCCAAUCCCGUCCACGGAACGUACUGCGAAGGAAGGCGCCUACAAUAGGUCAGCAUAGCGCCAAUAACACACUGCAGACUGAGUCGACGAGACCAAGUGGGUUGAACGUGAUCAUCCCAAACAGUGCCGCUCUCGAUCAAACACAGCUAGGGUCUUCGCAAUCUUCAAGUCAGACAGAAUUGGCAAGGAAAACGCCAUCGCCAAUGGUUGCCCCAGACCAGCCUACUGAACCUGUCACCGAACAACAGGUCCACCAUGGCCCAAAGGAGCUGGCAAGUCUUCGGACUACUGUUAACACCCAGAAUCUACCACCAUUCACUCCCAUAUUUCCCUCUGCUAGCACGCCAUCUACACGAUACUCUGGGUCACCUGGUAUCUGGAGUAGAACGUCCGCAUCCACACCCGCUUCUUUGUCGUCAUGUUCACCGGGUAUUACUCAACCUACGAAGGUUGGUCCUCGAUUGAGGCAGCCAAGCCCCUCACAUACUAGGCUUCCAGUGUUUUCACCUCCAGGGCAAAAGCCCGGCCUGCCAAGUAGCCCGGCAGCUGGGAAGACGAGAUCGCCUAAUUUAGCUCCUGGAUAUGGAUCAGCUACGUCGCUUCUCACUGAUAACCGCGAGGAUUCUGCGGAGGUUUUUGAAACCGCGAGGUCUCCGCCUCCGGCACCCAGUCUACUGCCCAGAAAGACGUCGACAAAAUCUAGUAUCCCAAGGCAGGUCACGGAUAAUACGGAAUCCCACCAACCACCGGAGAAGAGAGAGAAUAGUCAGCUGCCCGAGUUAAGUGAUAUUCUCGGGAAACGGUCCAACCCUAAACCAUCGGGCAAGAUUCCCGUUAGACCAAGCAGAGAAGGCACUGAGAAAUUGGACCUGGAGCCAUCGCCCGUCGUCAAAACAAAUAUACCCCCUCGCGCAAUAAAGGGUCAUAGACGGCGCAUUUCUGGGGGGAGUUCCACAGGUCUGGCUUCGAAUCAAUCGGCGGCUACAUCUGUUGAUUCACUCAGUUCUAUGGCUUCGUCCCAAAUUCGCAGUCCCUCGUCGCCUGAAUUGGCACGAAAGUCACCAAAAACGUUGACGAAGGAACCACGGAAAGCUACAGCGCCAGAUUCAAGCCCUGUAAAAACUCGGAAGUUUGGACUUUUCCCUCGGAAAUCGAAGCCUGAGCUGGAUGCUGGUCAAAACGAAGCUCGAUCCGCACGGAAAGGCCCCGCUGCUGGGACGGGCCACGAAGGCUACGGAAAGUAUGGACAGCGCGGCCGCAAGUCCAGUGUUAGCAGCACGACUGACACUAGGGCAAGAUCGACUAGCACGGCGAAGUCUGUUUCGAGCAAAGGUAGUGGCAGAAGUCGAGCGGACACAGAACUUGACGAUUUCUUCCUCGCACGUUUGGAACCAGUGUAUCUUAACGGCGGUGGUAUGGACGACGCUACUUUAUCAAGAACACAGAGUGAGCAAAGUACAGGCGAACUGAGUACAAAGUCAGCACCCGGUCCUACUCACCGGCCGGUUCCACCUGCCGGAUAUCAUUAUGAGCCUUCGCAGGUUUCGAAGAGAGCAAGCACUUUCAAGGAAUCUAACCGCAGGGAUUUGUCAAGCCCGGCAACCAUUUCCGCGUCUAACAGUCAGAGCAAGGUCCCAACUCUCGCCAACCCGGAGAAAUCCAAGACUCGGCCGGGCGUUCAUCCUACUCAGAUUCCGUCGCGCAAGAAAGAGUCCGAUAGCCAUACUCCGCCACAGGCCCAGUCGAAAAAACCAUCUAAGCGCGGACUCAAUAUGAAGUGGCCAUUCUUCCACAGAGAUGCGGCACCUGCUGUUCCUGACCCGAAGCCUGCCUCCCAGCUGCCUGCACAAGUUGCAAGUCUUGGAAAUCGCCGCCCAGUUGCUCACUAUGCGUUGGUUGAUACUGAUUCCGACCCAUUGGAAGAAAUAUUUUAUAAUCUGGAAGACUCUCCGCCAACGGAAGAAACAGAAGACGACGACCAUAUGCCACCAGUGGAAAUACCCGAAGGGUUGAGGAUCAAAAAACAACACGAAUCUGUUCUUCUCCCGUCCCCGCCGAAGCUACACAGUGAAUAUGCAGUGACAAAACCCGCUUCACCCAACGUGGGAUUUUCCAAGGAAACCAUGUAUACCAGCCAGGAGCCAAGUCCCGAAGAGCGCCCAAGCCGGCUAGCUUCUGUAGGAAGAAUCCCGCGAGUUGUAUCUCGAAAAGACCGACAACACAGGCCAGCUUUGCAGUCCUUCUCGCGACCAUUUAGUGUGGCCGAGGACCCUUCGUCCUUGACUGCCAUAGCCCCUGACCAACCGCGCGACGAGCCCGGCCCCAGCGGGAAUGCUCAAGGCCUGCCUCUUGAGGCGCAUCGCAAACCAGGAAACACUGGAUUUGACCUAACUUCGCCGUUUAGCGACCCCAUGAAGGGGAGCGCCCUCGACUUCCUUGCGGGCCCUUACUCCAAUAAUGAAUUCUUAUCAUUCUCACCUCCUCGAAAAGAUUCAUUAUUCUCAACAUCGAGCGGGUCUGAGAGUCUUGCCGCUAUUACUGCUGUUGUUCCCGGACCUGAAGCCGAGCUUAUGGAGGAUGAAAUAUGGGGUGAAUAUGAUGAAUUUAUUGAUCAUGUCCUCUCUCCGGAGACUCCAAACUUGCCGUUCCCUGGUGGACUAGAGCCUCGAGAGAAAUUUGAGCUCGCGGCAAGGGCAAGUCGUGCUCUCCAGGCUGGGCUCAACAGCGGUCUCGCCGUGCCUGUGUCAUCGCCCGAGCAGCCCACAGUUUCUCUGACUCCUGCAUCGCCCCGAGGCAGCGUCAAUUCGGUUCGCCUACGGCGUUCGAAAAUUGCCAAUGCCCUUCACUCGUCCCUUAGCCCGACUUCACAGCCUUCGGUGAGUGAUAUGAUGGCACGUUUCCGCGAUGACCAGGAAGAAGUACCUACCCCCUACUACAAUACGGACGUGCAACUACCGGUCAUCACUGUUGAACAGCCUCAGCCAAGCAUAGUCAGUUCACCAAGUUUGGGCCCGUCCCCGAGUUUCGAGAAUUGUCGCCAGCGGAACACCAUCCUGUUUGACAUUGCUGAACGUGACCGUGAAGGACCAACGGCACAGACAAAUAUUCGAUCAGGCUCUCUAAUGACCAGUCGUUGGCUGUCUUUCGGGAGAGUUCUUUUCAGUCCUGCGCAUAACCAUGUCAGGGAAGGGGUACAGAAGAGGAUUUUGGUAGUCGAUGGGCUUGGAAACGAUGACUGGUCGUUCUACUGCGCCCUGACGUACCCAAAUUCAGACGUAUACUGCCUACACGAGGGACCUAUUCAUCCUGCGUCCACUCAUCCAGCUGCGUGGCAACCCCCAUCAAACCACCAUACAAUCCAUCAUGCCAGUCUCGAGAACCCAGUCCCAUUCCCCAAGGGCUUCUUUGCCGUGACCGUUUUGCGAUUUCCAGCCGCAUGCUCGGAGGCAGCCCAAAACAACACCAUCUCGGAAUGCAAACGCGUCCUCCGUCCUGGUGGCUAUCUGGAAAUGAGCAUCCUCGAUCACGAUAUGGUAAACAUGGGAGUCCGCACACGCAGGGCCGUACGAAAACUCAAGGAAACAAUGUACCUCUCGGACCCUAGCAUCAGCCUCAAACCCGCAAGUGACAACAUCCAGAAACUGCUUGGUAGCCACGGAUUUGACAACCUCCGCCGUUGCAUGGUCCGCAUUCCGGUCGCGGGGAUGAUCGUUCGCUCGUCCGCCUCUUCCUCGUCCACUACCUGCUCUAACCCGUCCACCCUGACAACCGCCGCUAUAACAUCCUCCACGGAGCUAUCUGCUACAUCAGGCUCCUCCGGAGGACAGCGGUCAAACACACACGAGAAAUCCUCCUCCAACGAUACCGUCCUCUCUCUCGGAGACCUGCUUUCUGACCCCUUCCCAUCCCCAUCAAAUGACGAAUCGAUCCGGAAAAUCGUCGCCCGCGUCGGCCGCUGGUGGUACACCCGCUGUUACGAAAGCCCCGUUCUCCCCAAUGGAGACGUUGACCGCAGCCUCUGGGCCGACAAAAAGAUCCUCCGCGAGUGCCAAAAACGAGGAACCGGAUUCCGAUUGUUGAUCGCAUAUACGCAGAAGCCGAGCGAGAAGCGUCGAACCGCAAGUGUUUGA